AUGGGAAGCAGACUAGAGAAGAACUCGGCAUCAGUUCGGAAAAGGAUCGAGGCUCAUACUUUUGAGGAUGAGGAGGGUGACGAAUAUGAAGGGUCUAAGUUUGGGGGGUUUGACGACUAUUUCCGGCGGAAGAAGAUAAAACUUCAGAACCUCGAUGCGGAGAUUCGUUCGUCGUCUCUUGGAAACCCAAAAAUAUUCCGCGGGGUCGUUGCCCAUGUGAACGGAUACACCCAGCCUUCUUUGAAUGACCUCCACCAUUUGAUUGUUACCCAUGGAGGUGUAUUCAUGCAAUACUUGGAUGGAAAGACUACAGUAACUCAUAUCAUCGCUUCGAACCUCACCCCUAGGAAGGCCAUCGAGUUCCGACGGUAUCGCAUCGUCAAGCCAGCAUGGAUCGUCGACAGUGUGGAAGCAGGAAAGCUGCUACCUUGGGAUGCUUAUCGUGUCCUUGAUGAAGGUUCUGGACAACGACAGCUUGCAUUUGAAAGUGGGAAGAUUGUUAGUCAGGCGUCAACGCUACAACGAGGAUACAAAGACCAGAUGAACCACAGCUGGUAUACUAGUCAAGUCAAAAGCCUGGCAGAAGGCAUUGCUGACGACGAUACUCCUCCAACCUGGGGUACGGUGACGGCCACCAGCAAGAGCACGGCAUAUGAAGGUGGUUCUGCUGAACCAACGGGGAUGGGUAUGGAGUCUCCCUGUAAGGCUGAGCCUAUCCCCGGCGAAUCCUUGAAUCCUCCAGGAAGCUUUGAGGUCACAUCAUCAUUAGAAGAUGCACUGAUGGAUGCUGCAAUGGAAGAGGAUGAUGCCAGAUACCAGCUGGGUAAAGAGGGCAUCUCUCAAAGGGUGGAGACACCUAGGGAAGCAUCUCCAGUUGUUACGACAGCGUCUCUAACUGGAAAUUCCAUCAUUCCAGGAAGUCCUUCAUCGAAACCUAUUAGUCCGCUCAUUCAAACCGAGACUACUCCGCAUAAGCGUUCAUCUAAACUCGAAGAUGUGUCUCCGUCAAAGAAAGCCAGAGUAUUGACUGCUGAGGAACACAAUGCCAUUCUACUAGCAGAUCCGAACAUCAGGAAAUCAUCAACUGGCAAUCCUGAAUUUCUAAAGCAAUACUAUUCCGAGUCCCGCCUCCAUCAUCUGUCAACGUGGAAAGCGGAUCUUAAAUCACGGUUUCAACAAAUGGCAGCUGAGAAAUCUGCGUCACAAAAGCAGCUUUCGAAACCCAAACCAGGGUCGAGAUGUUAUAUAAUGCACGUUGAUUUUGACAGCUUUUUCUGUGCCGUCUCGCUCAAAAGCGCACCCGAAUAUGUUGACAAACCAGCGGUAGUCGCUCAUGGCAGUGGGAACGAAUCUGAAAUUGCAAGUUGCAAUUACCCUGCCCGUGCUUUUGGAGUAAAAAACGGGAUGUGGAUGAAGGGUGCAUUGAAGCUAUGUCCGAAUCUUAAAGUUCUUCCUUACGAUUUUCCCGCAUACGAGGAAGCAAGUGAAAAGUUCUACGAAGCUAUUUUGGAUGUUGGAGGCAUUGUGCAAAGCGUCAGUGUUGAUGAGGCCCUGGUGGACAUCACUAGCCUCUGCUUAGCCGCUGGUGGCAGUGCUGGUUUUGGUCUCUCGCAGGGGAGCAUAUAUCGAGAGCAGGAGAAGGCCGAUAGCAUCGCACAAAGCCUCCGAGAUCGAAUCAAAAAUGCCACAGGGUGUUCAGUGUCCGUUGGUAUUGGAGGCAACAUAUUACUUGCCAAAGUUGCUCUUCGCAAAGCUAAGCCUGCAGGACAAUAUCAUCUCAAGCCUGAAGAAGCCCUGGAUUUCCUCGCCGAACUCAGCGUCAAGGACCUCCCCGGUGUUGCGUAUAGCAUUGGGGGUAAACUUGAGGAGAUCGGUGUCAAAUUUGUCAAAGACGUCCGUCAGUUGACCAAAGACCGCCUUAUCACAGUGCUCGGCCCUAAAACUGGCGAGAAGAUAUGGGACUACUCACGAGGGAUCGAUCGGACAGAGGUAGGACAACAGGUUGUUCGAAAAUCUGUCUCAGCUGAAAUCAACUGGGGUAUAAGAUUUACAUCUCAAGCCGAGGCGGAGGAAUUUGUCCAAAAACUCUGUAUCGAGCUCAAGCAACGCCUUGUUGACCAACGUGUCAAAGGGAGGCAACUCACCAUGAAGAUUAAGAAAAGGGCUGGAGAUGCACCCCUUGAUCCACCAAAACAUUUAGGCCAUGGCAAAUGCGACACGUACAGCAAAAGCAUAGUCCUUGGAGUUGCAACAAACAAUGCCGAGAAAAUCGGCAAAGAGGCAAUAUCAAUACUUCGAAGUUAUGCCUUCGCUGCCGGAGAUCUCAGGGGUCUUGGAGUCCAGAUGACCAAACUUGACCCCAUAAAGCCUUCCAGCAACGCUCUUGCGGAUGGUAGCCAGAGACGGAUUAAUUUCGGUGCCCCUGCUGCACCACCGUUAGGCAAAGAAAUUAUAGAAGAUCUAAUCGAUGACCCGGUCACACCAAAGAAGCCGAAAACAUCAUCGAUUCGCCGAGACGAGAGCAAAUUCGAAGCCUCAGACGACUCAGACCCGACUACUUCUCAAAAACCAAAAUGGGUCACAGCCCAACACCUAGAUAAUGGCGAUCCCAUUCAUGACAGCCCGCAGAAACCAAGAGCCACGCCGAUUCACCCUGCCGCUGCUAUUACGAGGAGUAAUGCCGCCGACCAAAGUGCUAAGAAAUUCCUCAACCUCACCGGUACCCAGUUCAUUAUCCCAAGCCAAAUCGACCCAGAUGUGUUAGCGGAGCUUCCGCAAGACAUUCGAUCCAAGUUGAUGAACCAAGCCAAGCGCAGCUCGAUGUCAAGAGGCCAGUCUCCCGCUACUAAAUCAAGGUCUCAGAGCCCCUUUCCAGAAGCACCGAAUCGUCAGAUACCUCCAGAUCUAGAUCCAGAAGUAUUCGAGUCUUUGCCCGAGGAGUUGAAAGCAGAAGUGCUAGCCUCGUACUCGUCCAAUACAGUUGCUCAUGGUACCCGUAAUCUCCUCCCACAAUCACCUCGCAAAAUCCGCGGCCUCAACGCCAAUCCUAAGAAAACCACUCCAACUAAGAAGCGAGGUCUAUUAUUCCGUGGCCGAAACAACAAGCAAGAAGCCCACUCAACCCUCACCCAAGCCAAUUUUGUAACCAACAAGAAAGACGCCGUGGAGCAAGCUAAUGACCAGGCCACCGACUCGGAAGACUACGUAUCCGAGACUCUAGAUCCUGAAUUCCUCUCGGCGUUACCGGAGGACAUGCGGCAGGAAAUCAUCGACGAGCAUCGCCGCAAACGAUUAGCUAAAAAGGGCGGGCUCGUUGCACCCGCUGCUACGAGGAAACCACGGCCAUCUGAGCCCGUUCUGCCUGGUCAAAGGAAAUUACAGCUCCCCCCUCGAGAACGGAGACCGACUUUCACAACACAGCAACUAACUACGCUACCUCAAUUGCGAGACGCGCUGAGUGCGUGGCACGAAGGAUUCGCAGAUGACGGGCCCCAUCCUGACGAUGUUUCCGCAUUAGAGCGGUAUUUGAAACGGGUUGUGCUGGAUGAGCUGGAUAUGGAGAAGGUUGUCGGGGUGGUGAAAUGGCUGGAAUGGCUUAUUGACGAAAGUAACGAAUCUAAUGAAAGCAACGGUAGCGGGGCAUGGGCUAAGGUUUUAAGGGAUAUCAAAGAACAUGUUCAAUCGGCAGUGCAGGAACGCGGUCUCGGUCGGUUGGAAUUAUAA